CUGAGGGGGGAGGACUGAGGGGAGGGAGCAGCUUUUGGUGGGUGGGACAAAUAGGAGCCGUAGAAAAGGGGGAUGCUGCAGCCGCGGCCCCCUCACAUCUCACUCAGUCAGCCACUCCACCCAGCUAUAGAAUAAAAAAAGGAAGAAAAAAAAAAAAAAAAAAAGCACCGGUGACGUGCGCGCAGGGAAGCACCCAGCAGUAUGUGCGCGCCCACGGGAGGGGCCGACAGAAAAUGGCGAGUCUGUGCAAAAGGCAGCAAUGCACGAUAGAGAGGCGCGGCUUUCGGCAGGAACUUGACUCUUGGAGGCACAAACUCAUUCACUGUGUAGGCUUUGAAAGCAUCUUGGAAGGCUUGUUUGGGCCGGGACUAGUCAAAGACAUCACUCUUUUUCAAGACUGUGAGCCGGAGGAAGUGUCCGACUGGUCCUUCGAUGAGAACUGUCUCUUCUGCUGCUUAAGACGUGAGAAAGUGAAGGACCACAGCGUAGACAACAGUGGAGGCGUCCAGGUGCUGUCGGAGUGUGAAGACCUGAAACAGGAGCAGUCUCGCAUCAGCCGGCUGGAGAGACAGGCCCAAGACUUCCUCAAUGCUGUGUUCCACAGAAAAGACCUCCCAAGUUUUUCAGACCCUCACAUUCCUCUAGUGGCUCGUGAGAUCAUGCAGCGAAUGAUCCGCCAGUUCGCUGCCGAAUAUACCUCAAAAACUACUCAGGACGAUCUGCCCCUGCUCAACGGCAACAUGAAGGACCAAAGCCUACCAAGAGUGGCACCUCUGGCCCCGGCGCCGUGCUCCACGCCCGGGCCCCUGCCUGCGCCAAGCUCCCCUCCGUCGUCUGCCUCCUCCUCCCCCUCUCCACCCCCGGGGCCGGGCCUGAGCCCCGCCCCCGCCGACGGUGACGCUGUCGCCGUUGCUGCCACCUCAGCACCCACCUGCAUCCAAAGCAGCAAUGGCACAAGCACCAGUAACGGUGGGGGAGGAGGGGGAGGAACUGCUGCUGCCUCUGCACAGAACCCCGUCCUCAGCAAGCUCCUGAUGGCUGACCAGGACGGCCCGCUGGACCUGACGGUGAAAAAGAGCCAGGUUGAGAAGGAGCCCAGCCAGCAGGAUGGCGUCCUGGACCUCUCCACUAAGAAGAACCACAGCUCUUUUGGCCACAAGACCUUCCCCGGCUUCACCCCUGUGUCUGGGGUCAAAGGACGUGCCCUCAGGGUGGAUCAGACCUUGUCAGAAGUGGAUGAAAACGACGGCCUUCUGCAGAAAAGUUUGCGGGAUGGACUACAAGAAGACUACGACAACUCCAACUCCUUCAAACCCCCGAUGGCUCGUUCACUCCGCAUCAAGGAAGAGCUGCUCAGCCAGAAGCAUCGCCUGCUGAGCCAGCCUGCUGCGCUCUCAUUGGCUAACCUAGAGUCGGCCGGCUUGCUCAACCACGGGCAGUCCCACUCCUUGCUCGGUCAGAAGGGCUCGUCUUCAUUCUGGGGGAGCAAGGCCCACCUUGAAAGCCUGAUGAAGCUAAAACAGGCCAGUGGAGCUCUGAGUGGAGCCCUCAGUGACCUCAAAGAUCUGCCCACAUUCCUGCAGAACCAUCAUCACAGCCACCACGGAGCCUUCGCUCUCAAGAGUUCCCUCCACCACCACCAUAAUCAGGUCUCCAAGCCCCAGCACCACCACCAAAAUGAAGGUAAGCGAGAUCACGGUCACUCCCCUCCCGUGGACCUUAAGAUACCCCAGGUUCGGGGCAUGGAUUUGUCCUGGGACUCACACGCCUCUGAGCUGUAUGGCUACACCAUGGGGGUGGGAGGCAUCGGCCACGGAGAGAACACCCUGAGCCGGAAGCUGCGCGCCAUCCUGCCCAAGCAGAACCGCCGCGGGGGAAGCCUUGGAAGCCUGCUGGACGGAGCGUCCGACUACUGGAGCUCUGAGUUGGAACACACCAUUUCAGGACCGGCGUACUCCACCUCCGACGUGGAAGGGGACCCAAACUCCAAGCAGCCGAGGAAGAAGAGGGGUCGUUAUCGCCAGUACAACAGUGAGAUCCUGGAGGAGGCCAUAGCGGUGGUGAUGAACGGGAAGAUGAGCGUGUCCAAGGCGCAGAACAUGUACGGCAUCCCGCACAGCACCCUGGAGUACAAGGUCAAGGAGCGCAUGGGUACCCUGAAAAACCCUCCAAAGAAGAAGCUCAAGCUCAUGAUGAAAAUGGAAGGUGCAGGCCAGGAUUUUCCCCUGGAGUCGGAGAACACACCAACCUCUACCCCAAGAGAUGAGGUCCCUCCACCUGGAGCUGCGGAGCUCAAUGACAAUAUCAAAGAAGAGAUCGAUGACAAUUUCAAACCAAUCGACUAAACAAAAACCAACACAUGUAAACCUCAGUCAAAGACCUGGAUAAUUUAAAAGUGGAUGGGGCUUUAUUUGUGCCAAUUUACUUUGCAGUAUGUGGGUGAGCACAAACACAGGGAUAACAUGAGGAGGAUCCUUAAAACAAACUGGGAAGGAAAAAACAAAAAACCAACCAAUCAAGUGGUAUUUAACAAGCGUCACAAGAAGGACGCCGUACGAGCAUUUGUUUGGCUUUAACAUCCACGGGCUGAACAAAUGCUAAAGCUAAAGACUUUAGAUAAAUGACAAUUCAUGAAAUUUCCUUAAGCAUGCUGAUAAUCCCUAGCCCAAAAAAAAAAAACAAAACCCAAUCGUCCUUGUUCCUGAACUCGAUACACUGAACCAGUGCUGCUUAUAAACGCAGUUUUGGGCUUUGGACUAUUCCAAUUUGGGAGAAAGUGAGGGGGAAGUUUGAAAAUUAACUCACAAAUUGGUCCCUUUACCGCUCCCCUCUCUCAUGGAUUUGCUAGAUGAAAUUUGGUAAGUGAACUGUCUACACAACGUUUGGAGACGACUGCAAGGUUUAAUCGUACCACUGAUACUCCUCACAAGGGUUCUGACUCAAAACCCACUCUCUUAUUGCCAGGUAGCCAUGAUGCUUUAACUGCAAACCUUCUCUUUUCUCCUUAAGAUAUUCUGCUAGUCUCUGUGCGAAUGAAAGCAACAUUUACCCGUCCUUUUUGAACUAAAGAAAAGACACACAAAGAGUCAUUCAGGGAUGCGUGUGUGUGAGUUUAGUGGACACUACUGAUUACAACUGACUUCUUUUUCCUCUAUCCUUUCGUUUUGAUUUGAUUUUUUUUGUUUUUUGUUUUUUUUUGCUUUCUUUUGCACUACACUUUGGGCGCUUACAGACCAGGUUACCUCGGCAUUGUUGCCCUCGCAUCAUGCACUUAUUAUGGUCUGUCUCUCAAGCCCAGACGCAACCUCGCAAUGGGUCAGAGGGUGCACUUCGCCUGCGUUCGCUGAUCCAUGAUCAGAUUCUUGAGGCACUUGGAACCUCCGCUCUACCAAUGCACCAGUAGAUGGAUAAUCUGUUGAUGGAUCAGCUGGGACUCCAAGGCGUAAUGCUACCUCAUGGACCUUCUUUCAGUGUCUCACUGCUGAUCCUGGAAUGCUGGAGAUGCCUUCAGGUUCCCACCUCCUCCAAAUGGUACCCCGAAGUGAGCUAAUGGCGUCACAGCGAUCGUUAGCUGUCGAAGGCCUUUUAGGAUCAGAAUGUGAAACUCUGCUGCUAUUCAGUGAACUAUCUAGCUCUUUUAGACCUAGAGUCUUAGCCAACAACAAAAAAACCACAACAAUACAUUUCCGUUAUUUAUUUUUCCUUUGUUUCUAAUCAAACUAAGCGGACGCAGCUUAGCUGACGAGUUCAAAACAAAAACAAGACAUGUCUCCCUUGAACUUCAAAGACAGCUUUAGAGGCAGUUUAUUACAACCUUGUACAUUUAUAGUGGGGUGUUCAUUUCAGGUGGCGGGUGGGCAAUAUGCAGUGGGGAGGUGUAGAUGAUAGAAGAGCGGGAAAGGCAGAUUUUAAUAUAUUGUAAUUUAUUAUGACUGAUUAUAUAAGACCAAUCCUUGAAUAUGGGUGAUUUUUUUUCUUCUUUUUCUCCUCAUUUUAUACUCAGGGUAACUGAGACAGAUGAUGUUGGGUUUCAAAUCUUUCCUCUUGGACCUAUAGUAGACGCACGGGCGAACGACAUACGCCUGUUACUGAUGCAUUGUGGGCAGGGAGGGCCAUGGAAGCACUAAAGGUGAACAGACCUGCUAAUGAAUCAGAAAAAGACAAGUAAAAAUGCUGACGAUGGGUUUAUCGAUCCAGCUUCUGGUGUUGAACAUCCGAAAGAGCACUUUUAAAAAUGUAGUAAAAAACACGAGAGAAAAAAAAAUCUGCUUGAGGUUAUGCAUGUAGUGUAGCUCUUCUUCUCUGAGGGAUAUGGAGUAGUAAAAGCUUUAGUGCGUGGAGACUUUUAGAACGCUGCAGCCUGGAUCCAAAACUUCUCUACUGUCCUUCUCAAAUUACCUCCACGAGUCCAAUCCGACUGAAAAGAAAACUCGCAACACUUCUCCCUCGUGGUCGAAGCAGCAGGGAAAGAAAAAGCCUGUAAUGUUUUAACUCGGUGGAGGAGAACUAUCCCUCAGACAAAUCCUCCUGAAGGAGACGACAGUUGUGUUUGUACGUUGUGUUUUUGUCGUUUGUGUUUCUUGCUUCUUCUUCUUCUUCUUCUUCUUCUUCUAUGGAAAUUGUCGCUCUCGGCUCCUAACACUGCCUGGUGCUCACCCAGUGUGUGAGAUUUUUAACGUGAGAAUUGUAGCUCAGAUGAAAGGUUGAUACGAUUCACUCCGUUUGAAAUGUAUUGUGUUUAAUUUAUUUGAUCUGAUUAUUUUCUUUGGAUUCUUUUUUCUGUCUUUUCUUUUUUUUUUUU